UUCUCCUUCUUCUUCCAUACUAAAAACAGUUUCUGCGGAAUAGGAGUUGGAGAACGAGAGAGAUUCAGUUUGAUUAUCUCUCAGCAAUCUCUUGCCAGAUCUGUACAUUUCUGUAGAGUGAUAGUUUGAACCAAAAAUGGAGUCUCACGGUGGAGGAGCCAGCCGUGUCAUGGUGUUGUGUUUCUGCAUCGCUGGAAUUUGGUCAGCUUAUAUUACUCAAGGUGUUCUUCAAGAAACUCUGUCCACUAAGCGCUUCGGCCCUGACGGGGAACGUUUUGAACAUCUUUCCUUUUUAAACCUUGCACAAAAUGUAGUUUGUUUGGUCUGGUCAUUUAUAAUGUUAAAGCUUUGGUCUGGAAGUAGUAGUGGUGGUGCUCCAUGGUGGAGUUAUUGGAGUGCCGGUAUCACAAACACAAUAGGUCCAGCUAUGGGAAUUGAAGCUCUGAAAUACAUCAGUUACCCAGCACAGGUCCUAGCAAAAUCGUCAAAAAUGAUUCCAGUGAUGUUGAUGGGCACUCUAGUCUACGGGAUCAAAUACACGUUGCCUGAGUACGUGUGCACCUUCCUUGUUGCUGGUGGGGUAUCAGUAUUUGCGCUUGCAAAGACUAGUUCAAAGACCAUAAGCAAGCUCGCUCACCCAAAUGCCCCCCUUGGAUAUGGGCUAUGUUUUCUGAACCUGACUUUUGAUGGUUUCACAAACGCAACACAAGAUUCUAUCACAUCAAGGUACCCAAAGACGAGUGCAUGGGACAUAAUGCUGGGAAUGAAUUUAUGGGGUACCAUAUAUAAUUUGGUGUACAUGUUUGGUUUGCCGUAUGGUAGUGGUUUUGAGACAUAUCAGUUCUGCCUAAAGCAUCCAGAGGCAGCAUGGGACAUUUUCCUCUUCUGUUUGUGUGGAGCUGUUGGUCAGAACUUCAUUUUCUUGACAAUCAGCCGCUUCGGCUCCUUGGCCAACACCACAAUCACAACAACCCGCAAAUUUGUAAGCAUUGUAGUGUCUUCACUGGUGACUGGCAAUCCACUGUCAGGGAAGCAAUGGGGAAGUGUUAUGAUGGUCUUCUCUGGGCUGUCGUACCAAAUAUACUUGAAGUGGAGAAAGAUGCAGAAAAAGAAAAAGACCACGUAAGGAUUCAAUAUUCUUACUUUUACCAAUACAUUUAUCUAAUUAAAACCUUUUUUAGUAUCAUUCUGUUAGGGUAUAUGGGUAAAAGCCUAAGGUGUUCCUUAUCCCUGAAAUCUUAGAUAGAUUUUGUUACAUGUAUAACAUUAAUGUAAUCGAAAAUUGACUAUUGUAAAACCACAGUUUUGAUAUGGGAACUUCUUUUGGUAACAUUUUUGUA